UUGCCACACGCGGAUCAGCGCUCGGCAUAAUACGCACUGAAGGUUCACGAAUCCGACACUCGAACAGUUAAUCCUUCCAAAUAUUGUCUGCUAUAAUGUAAAUGUUGUAUACGGUCUAUCCGAAGCAGCGACGACCGCUACGACGUAGCGAUGGGUUAGAUCCGAUGCUUGGAUUAUCCACUUUGAACACUUUGCAAGGAUGGGAGCUGGGAUGUCUGGUUUUAGCGGAGACACACUGACAAAGGGGAAAGAAUCCUGAGACAGACUGAGAGGGAGAGAAAAAAGAUUUUUCUCCCUCGUUUUAUUUUCAUCCUUUAUUUGUUUUUCUUUUAUGAGAAAUGAUUGAGGAGUUGGUGUGCAGCGCAGUUGCUUUGGUACUCUAUCUCAAUACUCUGGGUGCCGAUUUCUGCUACGAUGACAGCCGUGUGAUCAAGACCAACCAGGACCUGCUCCCGGAGACCCCCUGGAUCAACAUCUUCUACGACGACUUCUGGGGCACGCUGCUGACGCACAGCGGCAGCCACAAGUCGUACCGGCCGCUGUGCACGCUGUCCUUUCGGCUGAACCACGCGCUGGGCGGGCUGCAGCCCUGGGGGUACCACCUGGUCAACGUGAGCCUGCACGCAGCCGUGACCGGGCUGUUCGCCCGCCUGUCCCGCCUGCUCCUGGGGGGCGGGCGCUGGGCGCUGGCCGCCGGGCUGCUCUUCGCCGCGCACCCCGUGCACACGGAGGCGGUGGCGGGCGUGGUGGGGCGGGCCGACCUGGGGGCGGGGCUCUUCUUCCUGCUGUCUCUGCUGUGCUACGCGCGGCACUGCGCCUUCGGGCCUGGCCCCGCCCCCGCCCGCUGCUGGGCGUGGCUCCUGGCCAGCCUGUUGCUGGCUGCCUGCAGCAUGCUGUGGAAGGAGCAGGGUGUGACCGUGCUGGGCGUGGCCGCCGCCUACGACCUCUUCAUCUGCCACAGGCUCCGCCUCCGACCGCUCAUCCACCUGCUGCGCAAGAGGAAGAACACGAGCUUGGUCCUGCGCGUGAGCUUGCUGGCCACUUGGGGCGCUGUUCUCCUGGCGCUCCGGCUGUACUGGAUGGGGAACAAACCGCCCAGCUUCUCCAACUCAGACAACCCAGCGGCAGACUCGCCAAGCCUCCUCACCCGGACGCUCACCUUCCUGUACCUGCCCGCCGCCAACCUGUGGCUGCUCCUGUGCCCCAGCACGCUGAGCUUCGAUUGGUCCAUGGACGCCCUGCCCCUGCUGAGCUCGCUCUCUGAUUGGAGGAACCUGCACACUCUGGCCUUCUACUGCGGGUUCCUGCUCCUGGCAUGGGCGGGCCUGCGGGACCCGGCCGCGGUGGGCGAGGCCAACGGGAAGGCCCAUGCGACCGCCCAUGUGACCAACGGGAAGCCCAGCGCCAACGGGCAUGCCUGCCACGCCCCCCCGGAGCCGACGGGCGCCCAGAACGGCACGGAGGCCCGCGGGCCGGCGGCGCCGCGGCGACCCUCGCUGCCCGCCACCGGGAACAUGGCGGUGUUCUCCCUGAGCCUGCUGUGCAUCCCCUUCCUGCCCGCCUCCAACCUCCUGUUCUACGUGGGCUUCGUGAUGGCCGAGCGCAUCCUGUACAUCCCCAGCAUGGGCUUCUGCCUGCUGCUGACCGUGGGGCUGCGCUCGCUGAGCCUGCGCCUGCGCGGGCGGGGCCGGGGGCGGGGCCUGCUGCUGCUCGCCACCGCCGCCCUGCUCCUGCUGCACGCCGCCAAGACCCUGCUGCGCAACCAGGACUGGCGCGACGAGGAGCGGCUCUACCGGUCCGGCAUCCCCGUCAACCCCGCCAAAGCUUGGGGUAACCUCGGCAACGUGCUGAAGAACCAGGGCAAGGUGCAGGAGGCGGAGCAGGCCUACAGGAACGCCCUGCAUUACCGUGGCAACAUGGCCGACAUGCUGUACAACCUGGGCCUUUUACUCCAGGAAAACAACCAGCUCUCUGAGGCUCUGCGCUACUACAGGCUGGCCAUCGGAAGCAGGCCAACUCUGGCAUCUGCGUACCUGAACACAGGGAUCAUCCUGAUGAAUCAGGGCCACCUGGACGAGGCCAAGCGCACCUUCCUCACCUGCGCCGACAUCCCCGACGAGAACCUGAAGGACCCCCACGCCCACAGGAGCUCCGUGACCAGCUGCCUCUACAACCUGGGGAAACUGCUGCAUGAGCAGGGCCAUCAGGAGGAAGCCCUCUCGGUUUACAAAGACGCAGUGCAGAAAAUGCCCAGACAGUUCGCGCCUCAGAGUCUCUACAACAUGAUGGGAGAGGCCUACAUGAGGCUGAGUAAGCUGGAUGACGCUGAGCACUGGUAUCGAGAGUCCCUGAGAGCCAAGCCUGACCACAUCCCCGCUCACCUGACCUACGGGAAACUGCUGGCCAUCCGGGGGCAGAAGGCAGAGGCUGAGCGGUACUUCCUGAAGGCGAUAGAGCUGGACCCCAGGAAAGGGAACUGCUACAUGCACUACGGGCAGUUUCUGCUGGAGGAGUCUCGGCUGGUGGAGGCGGCAGCGAUGGCAGAGAGAGCUGCAGAGCUGGAGAACGGCGAGUUCGACGUCGUCUUCAGCGCUGCUCACAUGCUCAGGCAGGCCAGUCUGAACGAAGCCGCUGAGAAGUACUACGGAAUGGCGGCCGGGCUCAGGCCAGACUAUCCAGCAGCUCUGAUGAACCUGGGGGCCAUCCUCCACCUCAACGGCAAACUCAGGGAGGCGGAGUCUAAUUACCUGCGAGCCCUGCGGCUGAAACCGCACGACGUCAUCACCCAGUCCAACCUGCGCAAGCUGUGGAACAUCAUGGAGAAGCAGGGCCUGAAGACCGCCGGCCCGUGACCCCCCCAGGGGGGUGGGGGGUCGGAUGCCCUCCGUAAACGCAGCCGGAGCCGGGCGGGGACACAGCGGGGGCCCUACAACCGGACGCUGGGCUGGGGGGGCCGCUGGGAGGCCCCUGGACACUGCUGAUUGGCCGAAUCUGAGGUUCUCCUGGGGCUGUGGAAAGAGUGGGGCGGGGGGUGGGGGAUACUGUGCAGGAGGAGGAGGUGAGGCCUUCACUGCAGCAGCGGAAGUGUUACCGUCUCUGUGACUUCUGCUCGCGGGUUGUGGCGGUGUCCAUGGUGACGGGAGGGGGGUUACUGGUCACCCGUCUAAGCGCGGUGGGAAGCCGCUACGCUAACGGGACGGGAGUCCUGCGGUGUUUUUAGAGCAGGACCCCAGAGCCGUCUCUGGUGCUCUGAGUUACACACGCCGUCCUUCAUCUGCUGGAUAUUUCGCACAGACGCUGAGUGACUGUGAGGGGGCUUCCUGUGAAGCGUGUGUGUGUGUGCGCGCAUGUGUGCGAACAGCCAAUCACAGUCUGAGUACAACAGCAGUCAAAGCACCCCUGUGUGACCGGUUCUCUGAACAGGGCAGUGUGGAGUCCACCACUAACACCUUAAAUACUCUGUGUGCCCUACUCUAAAAGUGUACAUUACAUUUUUUUAAAUUCUGUUUCUAGGAAUAAAAAUAAGAGAGUGGUAAGAUACCACCUCUUAAGCUGUCCAAGGACAGGCUGUAUGUUUAUACUGAAUGAGACAUUUUGCCAAAAGGUAUUUUAUUUAUUUUAAUUUUUAGGUCAGUUUGAGGGAAAAGUUAAGUGACACUUAACAUAAUAAUUUAAAUUAAACUCUUUAAUGUGCCGCCACUUGGUCUGACCAUUAAAUGUGGUGCAAAAUUCAGAAAGCAUGGCAGAGAUAUCGUAGAUCAUUAUAUUUUACAAAUAUGGUUGCUGACUUAUCAGUUUCAGUCAUACACUUUAAGCACAGUGACCGUAGCAUCAGAGCUCUGACUGACUGUAGUCAUCUUUCCACUUUGUCUGCACAGACUGUACACUCCGCUAACCUUCUGACACAGUAGCUGCUCAUUCGUUGGGGAGUUUAAAUGCAUGGCGCUCUUGCGUUCUGUUUUCGUGUGUCUGUGUGUCUGUGUGUCUGUGUGUCUGUGUCUCUGUGUUGUGUGUGUGUGUGUGUGUGUGUGUGUGUGUCUCUGUCUCUGUGUCUGUGUGUUGUGUCUCUGUGUUGUGCGUGUUGUGUGAGAGAAUUGAGCUCUUUGCCGUUGCCAGAUGGGCAGAUUCAGAACAUGUGUAAUAAAUAAGGACCCGUUUUCAUUCCAGUAUUUAGUGUCUUUGGGGAUACUUAAAGAAUUUCUGCAGCUCUCAUUCUAAUUUUAGGAUGUAAGUGAUUUCUAUUGUUUUUAUUUCUGCAGACUCUAAUGUUUCUCUAGCAUGACAUUCAUAACGUUUGGCCACAGUAAUGCUCGAUACAGUACUUGCUACUACUUUCCAGCUAAAUUAGGAGGGAUCUGAGAGGAAUCUCUCUAAUGCGGUUUCGUGAAGGUUCAGUAUAUCCUUUUGCCAGUUUUUCCAUGUCAUUUCCUGUUUAUUAAACUAAUUGUGCACUCUUAUCUAGCACAUCUGACUACACUGUGUCCUGUAGUCAUGUUUCAUUUGAAGUAUGCCCCAGUCAUACCCUGUCCACUAAAUGCACCACCUGACUCUGCCUCGGUUUUUUUUUUUUAAAUCAGUAACUGUCUACUCCAGGAAUCAUACACACUGCCCCCCCCCCCCCCCCCCCCCCCCCCCCCCCCCCCAAAUGACCAAUAUCUAUGGUAAUAAUUCAAAAAACAUAAAUACACACACUUCUUGUGGAAAAACUUUAAUACAAUAAAGUAAGCUAGAUGUUAGGGGAUGUCUCUGCUCAGGGAUUCUAGGUAGAGUGUUUCAGAACUCUGCCAGUGGAGCACAAAGAGUGUUUAACAAAGUAAAUGUUUUAUUUUUUAUUGUUGCAUUUGUAUAAAUUAUCAAGAUUUGUACCAUUUUUGUAAAAUAAAACUGAAUAAUUAUGGGAC